AUGUUUCGAAUUGCCUGCGAAGGAAUUCUGGCGGUCAAGGCGCUGCACUACAAGAUCCAAUCAUGGGUAUUGGGGCUAGUGCCAUAUUUAAUUAUGUCAUACCACUGCAUGGGCGCGUUGGCCACGCUAAUGAAUUACCGACUUGUGAGCGUCGAAAAGGCUGUGGUUCUGGAUGUCGCGGAUGUGUUUGGCUACAUCUAUACGGCUUUUGAUGCUCUACUGACCUCUGCGGCCGUUGCACAGAUCCUGGUGCGGGGCAAAGAAGAGACUGGUGUAAUAAUGCUGCUGAUAGGGAGAGUGAUUCACCGACUGCUCUUCACUAUGUGGAUUCAUGUGUAUCACUCUCUCCUCAACGACUGCCUCGAUGUGGGCUCUCUACUAGUUCUUCUGGCCACUAGAGUCUAUCUCCGAGACAGGAAGGAAUGGCCAAGGUUGGCUCUCAAGAAGUGCGACUUCCUGUUGUUGGCGGCAAGAAUUGGCCUAUCCAGUAUCUAUAUAUCCUGGCUGGAGGAGAUAAUUAAUCCCAUCUCAAGCUCCCUCUCUCUCGCUCUCCUAAGUGCCUUGGUCUUGGGGAUCAAGUGCAGAGCUGCCGCAUACCUGACUGCCCUAGUCAUACUCUAUCAUGACGUGCUGAGCCCACACUUUUGGUUCCUGUGGGGCUGGAAUGAUGCGCUCCUGUCGUUGGAGCAUUUGAGCCUACUGUUCUGUAAAAUUGGUGGAUUCCUGCUUCUCUCGCAGCUGGGUGCCGGCAAGUGGUCGCUGGAUAGGUACCUGUCCAGAGCUCCGGAAACAAAGGAGCAGAUGGGAAACUACCGCCACACCAAAACCAAAACCUCCGCCUAUGUCCUGUAAAUGUUUUCCCUCGGAUUGAGAUGUGAAAGUCGUCAGGUCUUACCGAGAUCUAUGCCUGCUGUGCUACUCUUUCCUCUUUUUGACCGGUACCGUUGGUUCUUGAACAUCUGAGAGAUUUACAUAAAUUCUGAUGAGAAACA